UGGCACUUCAGCUCCUUCUUGUCCCCGGGUCGCGAGCAGUGCCCUAAGACGCAACUCGUCCGCGACAUGACCCUGGGUUCUUCAGAAAAAGACCUCGGGAUUCCUUUCUCCCUCGACGAAUACGAGGAUCGUCUAGUACCAGAGUUUCGGCUCGACGUUCGACUCGCGUUCUGGGAUGGCCCGAUUCGUACUUUCCUCCGCGACAGAGGAUAUGCGCUGUACAAUAUCUGUCCCAGAGACGAAGACGACGAGUUCAGUAUGAUGUACCCAGCACUGGACACGCCCCACCGAUCCCUCCCGGACGAUGAUCGCUUCGCAUUCAUGGAUCCCGACGAGCCAGGUCGCGUAAUGCCCAUUGUGGAGAGUGGCCACGAGAACACACUUCAGUACUGUGCAGGGAAGGCAUAUGCUCGCGGGAAUCGCGGACAACAGGGAAGAGCCGCCUACGCUCAAAGGAUCGACGGACCUGAUCGACAUGUUGCUAUCAAACUCGUCCGCAGUGAAAGCGUUGAGAUACAUACGCUCAAGCUCGUCUACGACACGUCGAAACGCGAACCCGUCCGGGGUCUCAUUCCUGUGCUCGAGAUCAUUCCGUUUCGCGGACACUGGCUCGUUGUCAUGCCCAGAUGGGGAGAAGACGUUAUGUCUCCGUUCCCCACACUCGUUGGGUCAACGUUGUCUCUCAUCGAAGAUCUACUCGCAGGUCUGGCGUUUCUUCACAGCCACAAUAUUGUCCAUCGGGACCACUCUUACAAGAACAUCCUCGUGAACCACGUUCCUGCCCUCCGACACGCAGUCAUUGACAAUCCGCCACUGACGCGAGAACCACUUCGAAACUCAGGCGCUCUCCAGCACGCCAUAUUCGACUUUGACGUCUCUCUGAUAUUCCCCGACCGCUACUCCGCUCGCCUACCAUACACCCAAUUCUGGCUGGGAGCACCCAAGUUCACCGAUGAGAUAUUCCACGGUGAAUACGACUACGAUCCGUUCGCGGCGGACGUGUCCAUUCUGGGAGGUCAUCUUUGUCGUGAUCUGCAAUAUCACACACCCUAUAUGCCUAUCCUGGUGCCCCUAUUCGACCAGAUGCUGCACUGGCAUGUUCCAUCUCGCCUGACGGCUUCCCAGGCACUAGAACUAUUCCGCUUGUUGCGAGCCGAAUAUAGCGAUCUGGAUGACCGACCUCUCCCUGCUGUCAAGAAGCGUUUCAUUCAUGUGUCGGAAUACGACCGAUGGGCAGGAUUGCCUCCCGACUUUGUCAAGCGGUGGGGGCAUCUUCGGACCCCACCGGUUCCUUGGACGAGGUCGUUUCUACGGAGGAUCUGCAGAUAUGACUUGCUCGCAAGUUGCGUGCGUUUACUCAGACGUGCAGUUUCGAUGAUUACCGGAUAGUGUACCUCUUUGUCUGGGGUGACAGCUCGGCUAAAAUCUUGAGGAGCACCGCAGGAUUGGGACGUUCCAGGAAGCGUGCAAGCAGCCUCGAUCUUUGCACGUGGCUUCACUCAGAUCCAGCAGGUCGUGAUGUGUGGAUUUGCGAAAAAAAAAAUCAAAUGGCCAUUAGAGAGUCGAAUUGUAGAAAUCAUCAAACAGUCAGCUAAUCCCUUGACCACAUCAUUGCUGCUACGAAUAGACGCGGCUUU